AUGGACGAACUGUUAGCUGAAAUGAACAAUCUGAAACAAGUUAAACGAGACUCCAAGUCACUCACGCGUUGCGCCACGACGAUUUCCGUAUUUGUCAAUGAUAUGAAAGACAGCGGCUACAUCGUGUUAGAGGCGUCAGAAGCUCCGUUUUUCAUGUCUCAGCUAUUAUCGAAGCUCGAUCAAAGAGACAACACAAACUUUGGAAGAGAGAUGCAAAGAGCGGGAAAGGAAGAAAAUGUGUCAAACCUCGUAACCUGGUUACAUCGAGAGGCAACCCUCCGCUCCAGAGGAAAACGAGACAAUGACAACGCCGACGAAAAAGAACGUACCCACCCAGGACCAACCUUUAGAAGAACAGAUAACCACGCAGCAAACAAUGAUAGAACUCCUGAGCAAGAAGCGUGUCCACUUGGUUGUACGUCGAAGCACCAGUUAGCGGCCUGUCCGUUGUAUCAAAGUUCAAUUGUAAAUAAAAGAUGGGACGUAGUCAAACAGAGCAACAGAUGCCGAAAAUGUCUCAGGCCACAUCAUACGAACGACUGUAGGAAGCCGGACGGUACUACCUGCGAGAACUGCAAAAAGAACCACCACCAUUCUCUUCACAACGAGAAGAUUAAUUCGAAUUUAAGCCCGCACGCAGUGCCUUUCCGAAUGCAAGAUAUUCCUGCAGAAGGAAAUACCAACUGCGCCACUAACUAG